UUAUGACAAUUUGUUCCGAACUCAAGAUUCUGAUUCUUUAUUAAAAAGCACAUUGGAUAAAUAAAUUUAAAAACAAAAGUUAAGUAAGGGAUUUUUUAAAAAUGCAACCUCAAAUAAUUUUGUUGAAAGAAGGCACAGAUGCAUCUCAAGGAAAACAACAAGUAAUAUCAAAUAUAAAUGCGUGUCAAAUAGUCGUAGAUGCCGUGAGGACCACAUUAGGUCCUCGUGGUAUGGAUAAACUUAUUGUCGAUCAAAACUCUAAAAGUACUAUUUCUAACGAUGGUGCUACUAUAUUGAAAUUAUUAGAAAUUGUACAUCCUGCUGCUAAGACAUUGGUAGACAUUGCUAAAUCUCAAGAUGCUGAGGUUGGCGAUGGUACAACUAGUGUCGUUUUAUUAACAGGAGAAUUUCUAAAACAAAUGAAACCAUUUAUUGAAGAAGGUGUACAUCCACGUAUCGUAAUUAAAGCUUUACGUCGUGCACUAAAUCUUGCGAUUGAAAAAAUCAAUGAAUUGAGUAUUCAAAUAAUUAAGGAUGAUCUUAAAAAUCAAGAAACCUACUUGAGGUCAUGCGCUGCGACUUCCAUGAGUUCAAAGUUAAUUCAUCAGCAGAAAAAGUACUUCAGUGAACUAGUCGUGCAAGCUGUUUUGAUGUUAGAUGAUUUAUUGCCUUUAAAUAUGAUCGGUUUUAAAAAGGUAUCCGGCGGAGCUUUAGAGGAUUCAGAAUUAAUCGAAGGUGUGGCAUUCAAGAAAACUUUUUCAUAUGCUGGAUUUGAAAUGCAACCUAAGAACUAUACCAAUUGCAAAAUUGCUUUAUUAAACAUCGAAUUGGAACUCAAAGCGGAGAGAGAUAAUGCCGAAGUUCGUGUAGAUAAUGUUGCAGAAUAUCAAAAGGUUGUUGAUGCGGAAUGGAAAAUUUUAUAUGAUAAACUUGAAAAGAUUUGGCAAAUUGGUGCAAAUGUAGUAUUAUCUAAGUUGCCAAUUGGAGAUGUAGCGACACAAUACUUUGCCGAUAGAGAUAUGUUUUGCGCUGGUAGAGUCCCUGAUGAAGAUUUGAAGAGGAUUAUGAAAGCUUGUGGUGGAAACAUUUUGACUACUGUGCAUGACAUCAAAGAUUCAGAUCUUGGAGAUUGUGAUCUGUUUGAAGAAAAGCAAAUUGGUGGCGAAAGAUUCAAUGUACUGCAUAAAUGUCGUCACGCUAAAACCUGUACAUUUGUUUUACGUGGUGGAGCUGAGCAAUUUUUAGAAGAAACCGAAAGAUCUCUUCACGAUGCUAUUAUGGUUGUUAGACGUAUGGUAAAAAAUGAUGCCAUUGUUGCCGGUGGUGGAAGUAUCGAAAUGGAAUUAUCGAAAACUUUGCGCGAUUAUUCCCGUACAAUUGCAGGAAAAGAACAAUUGUUAAUUGGUGCACUUGCUAGAGCUCUGGAAAUUAUACCCAGACAAUUAUGUGACAAUGCUGGUUUUGAUGCCACAAAUAUUUUAAAUAAAUUGCGACAAAAGCAUCAUAAAGGCCUUUAUUGGUACGGCGUUGAUAUUAAUUCUGAGGGCAUAGCUGACAAUAUGGAAGCAUGUGUUUGGGAACCUGCUGUAGUAAAAAUCAAUGCAUUAACUGCUGCAACCGAAGCUGCCUGUUUGAUUCUUUCUGUAGAUGAGACAAUAAAAAAUCCAAGAAGUUCUAAUGAUUCCGAAGGUCGUGGAAUGGGAAGACCAAUGUAAUAUUUCGUUAUUACAUUGAAGAAGAAAACUAAGAAAAGAUUAAUCUUAAAAAAGAAAAAAGAAUUUUAUUCUUCCCGUACUACAGUAGUUUGUUGUACUUAUUAAUAUUGGAAGUCAAAUUAUUACAUAUUAUUCAUUUUACGGAUUAAGAUUUGAUUUGUAUAAUCUUUUCUAGUUUUAUCGUACAAUAAAUACAUACAAGCGAUAUUAUUUAAAUAAA